CUUGGCCCGAACCCGCUGGGAGGGCCAGGCUUCACUCUGAUUGUACUGUCUGUGUUCUUAAUCAUACGUAGGACGGCUGCCCUGGCGGCCUCGAGGGCCACCACAGAACCACGGGGACACGGAUAGGAGGCUAUGGGAGCAGGCUCCCUGUCUGGGUGGCCCUCAAGGGCGGCCGAGCGGUCGCGGCCCCCCUGCGGUGGCAUCCGCCCGGCGAUGCCCUCGGCUUCGGCCGCCGCCAGGGCGGUGUCCCUGCUCGGCCUGGCGUGCCUCGUGGGCGUAGUGGAUGCCGAACCAGCCGGCGCGCCCCUGGAUUCCACCUGCCUCUUGCAGGAGCGGGCGGAGGUGUCGUACACGGAUCUGCCCAGGGGAUCCGUCGCCGCUGCGCCCACGAUGCCCAACGAGACAGGAGUCGUUGAGCUCGCCGCCUCUGGAGCGCGACAGCUUCGCACGGAGCCCGACCUGCUGAGGGUCGACAGCGACUUCCCAGGCUGGGUGGACGGCGACGACUCCCCGCGCGGCAUUAUUCGCGCGAAUCUCGAUUUCUCCCCGCAGACCAUGUGGUACACCGCUAUCUUCCCGAGGAUUGCGCGCGCGGCGCCAGACGGCGACGAGGGCCUGAACUUCUUCAAGGCCGCGCCUGUCGGAUCUUGGAUGUUCCUCCUUGGCACCUGCGUGGCCCUCUGCCUCCUGGACUGCUUCGUGCUGGCCCGCUUCCCCAGCACCUUCCGGUGGCACGCGGCGGCCGUCGGCUUCUGGGUCCUGGCCGCGGUGGGGUUCAACCUGGUGGUCCUCGUGAUCGAGGGCCGGCAGAGCGCCUUCCAGUGGGCGACAGGAUACCUGCUGGAGUGGAUGCUCUCCAUGGACAAUCUCUUCGUGUUCCAUCUGGUCUUCACGGCAUACAAGACACCCGCUGACCAGAUCCACAAGGCGGCAUUCGUGGGCAUCCUGGGCGCCGUGAUCAUGCGCAUGGUUUUUUUCAUGGUCGUAUCGACGCUGCUGAAUCUCUUUGGCUGGAUACGCUAUCCCUUUGGCGCCCUUCUCAUAUAUAGUGGCGUGGAGGCCGCCCGCAGCGAGGACGACGACGAUAUGGACCCUAGUGAGACAAGGCUGGUGAAGGGGCUUUCCCAGCUCCUUGGCCCUCGACUGGUGGAAAAGUACGACACGGAGGGCAGCAUGUUGGUCUGGAACGCCGAUGGGCGUUGGCAGGUGACGCUCCUGGUGAUGGUCAUCGCGUGCCUGGAGUUCACCGACGUGCUGUUCGCCCUGGACAGCGUGAGCGCCAAGGUGGCCCAGAUUCCGGACCAGUUCUUGGCCUUCAGCUCGACGGUGCUCGCCAUGUUCGGGCUGCGAUCCAUGUUCUUCAUCCCGCUGCGCUGCCGCGCGAAGCCUUGACGCCUCCUCGCCGCGCUCGGGGCGGGCGUCGGGGGGGGGGCGGGGCGGCGGGCCGCCCCCCCGGGGGGCAGGAGCGACGGAGCGCCCCACCCGCGCAUCCGAGUGUGGCUCCACGUCCUGGUCGGAGUGCAGGCAGCAAGCAGCCAUGGGCUUGAUCCAACACGCGACGACCGCAUGUUCGGGGCCAACACAUGUGGCGACCUGACUCAUGGCGCGCAGGAAGCGGAACGCACGAACCAUCACAGCGUAGACCCCAAUCAUGUUUUACUGUGUUCUGGUCGGAGACUGCUUGCUGCAAGGCGACGCGUGGUUGCCAGCGUGGACCCCGAACACUGAGGUAUUGCACUGAGGAUGUGUAGAGCUGGUGGUGGGUGCAAGCUAUGUGGUACAAUCUUUCUGGUUUGGAUUCUGUGGUGCAAGCUGUUUUGUCAGAUUUAUGUGGUGCACGCCGUGUGGUGAACUCUACGUGGCGCAGUAUAUUGUUGAGGCCUCCGGCCAGUGCCGCCGACCCGGGACGAUCCCGC